UAACCAGACCAGCUGAAACUGAUUAGAGCCAAGAUAGCCAACCAAAUGACUUCAAGAAGAUCUCAGGCUUCAUCAUCAUCUCAUUUCCAUGCUAAAAAAAAAAAAAAAACCCAGCUCCCCAGAACAAUGGGAAAUAUUGGGCACUUCAUCAGGCGAGUUCAGGUGCAUUUCUAGAGAUUGUCCAGGUGCUGGUAACAAUAAUAGAGAACCAUCCAUAUCCACAAGAGGCAGAACCUCUUCCAGCAAAAUGGUGCUGCCUCACCCAAAGGUGGCCGAGGAGGCCGUCGGAGGACCACAAAGCUGCAAGUGGCUUUCCUGCGGCCUGCAGGGAACAGGUGGAGGACACUUGGAAGGGCACCCACCCCGGGUCUCACAGGAGUCUGCACCUGCAGGUCACGCUGGCAUUAGCCCCUCAUCCUCUGGAGUUCAUCUCAUCCAGGCGAAGACAGCUGGCUGGCCUCAGAGGGUCUCAUCCGCUGAGCAGUGCCUCCUCCCGAUUCAGCAUGUCCCUGGUGCCGACUUUCUGCACGUGUUCACUUUGAGGCUGCAUUGUGGGCCUGCAAGAAAUGCAAAGCUGGUUGAGGCUUUAUUCGAUUCAAAUUCAAGCUGUUAAAUCGAGGCUCUCAGACUCCUGCUGCCUGGCCAGUGGAGAAAUCAACUUUCACAUAUGGCUUUGGGAUUUCUCUCUGUCAUCCUGGUCGACGUGUUCUCUCAUUUUUCUGAAGUCUGGGACCUCAACACAGACAUCUGGGUGAAGGCCUUGACAGCAGGGCUGGUGCAAAAUGAAUUGUCACAUCACACCCAACAUUCUCAACCUUUAGAAUCUGAAAGUAAGAAAAACACCUCAAACAAAACAUUAAGGAUUGAAUAAUUGAAGGCACUAUGCUUGGUGCUGAAGAAGGUCGAAGGAGGUCUACACCACAGAGGCUGCACCCACUCCUCAGCCUUGCUGAGCCACACCAUUCUCAUCUCUACAGCAUCCACC